UGUACCAAUCAUCGAAAAGAAAGUAACUUUUUUAAAGAAACCAGACCCUUGAUUCACCAGGUACUUUACCAGCCUCCUUAAGCCCCGAAAACACUUUCUUCCUCGUCCUGUGCCGAAAGAUGAAGCUCGUGAUUGUGCCGCUUCUACUCGUUGCCGUCUGCUCGGUAGCAGACCGAUGCCUCGGCGAGCCAGGGUCGUCCUGCUCGUACUCUCCCUCCAAUUGGUGCAGCACCGUGGACGCCGCUAUCGAAUGUGGGGUGUUGAAGCAGUGCCUGGAGGCUAACAGUACCAAGCUCCAGUCCCAGUCAGUGCAGGUGGGGCUGUACUAUGAGAGCUUGUGUCCUGGCUGCAGGGGCUUCCUCACCCAGGAGCUGUUCCCCACAUGGACCCUGCUACAAGACAUCAUGGAUGUCACACUGGUGCCCUACGGCAAUGCGCAGGAGUCGUUUGAUGGGAAGAUGUAUCACUUCACCUGCCAGCAUGGAGAGGAGGAGUGUCUGGGAAACAUGAUAGAGACUUGUAUAAUGAACCUGACUUCUAGCGCCGCGUUCCAGAUCAUCUACUGUAUGGAAUCCUCCUCGGACGUGGUAAAGGCUGCUCAGAGUUGUGUGCAACUGUACUCCCCGUCGCUGCCCUGGGACAGCGUGAUGUCCUGUGUGAAGGGGGACCUGGGGAACGGCCUGAUGCACCUGAACGCCAUGAAGACCGACGCUCUGAAGCCCUCACACCAAUACGUCCCCUGGAUCACCAUUAACGGGGACCACACUGAUGACCUGCAGGACAAGGCCAUGUCCUCCCUAUUCCCUCUGGUGUGCAGCCUCUACAAGGUAGGUCCUGUACCAUGUACCACAUGUAGGUCCUGUACCAUGUACCACAUGUAGGACCUGUACCAUGUA